AUGGCGAUAUAUAAAGUGUUACUAUUAUUAUUUGCCGCUGUGACAGCAUCGAGCGCUUCAAGUACACGUAUGUUCGGAGGACGAUGUUCCAAGCGGGACCCCAACGUGGACGCGUGUCUUCUGCGAAACUUUAACUCACUCAUCGAGUACAUGAAAGGCGGGGCCCCCGAACUGGGCAUUGAAGAGGCUGAGCCUAUUCAAAUAGAUGAGUUAACCAUCGCUUUGGGCGGUGGCCCAGAUGGAUAUCGCGCGAGCUUCAACGACAUUCGUGCAACUGGAGCAUCUAAUAUGACUAUUACUAAUGUCAGGUCAGACUUAGAGACGCACCAGUUCCAAUUGACAUUGUUCGGGCCCCACAUUAGUGCUCGCGCCCGCUACCGUUCUUCAGGAGUGUUGUUGCUAGUUCGAGCAAGCGGAGGCGGUGAUUACUGGGGUGAAUACGAUGGUGUUAAAGCCAAAGUAUACUUCCGUGGAGAACCGUACACGCGCGACGGGCGCACUUACUUGAAACUUGUGCAACUGAAGCUCGACUUCACCGUCAAAGAUAUACAGAUGGGAGUGGAAAACCUACACAAUGCAAACUCAGUGCUACAAGCAGCACUUAACCUAUUCAUAAACACAAACGCCCAAGAACUACUCAAAGAGAUGAAGCCGGAAUUGAAGAGAGAUUUAGCGGAGAAGAUGGCUCGUUUCUUAGACCAUAUCCUGCAACAGAUACCUUACGACGAUUGGGUCGUAGACUAA